AUGGCACCCCUCAAUGUAUGCAUGAUUGGCACUGGCGAGUACACGACUGGCUUCGUGGGCGGCGGAGCAUCUGGAAGCGACAAAAAGGUCGGCGUGGUCGGGCUGACUCUCUUCGACCUCCGAAGGCGAGGCAAAGUCGGCAAGUUGAGCAUGGUUGGCACGAGCGGCAACAAAUUCCCCGCCAUUCGCGAGCAUCUACGCAAAAACAUCCAGGAGGCAUACAAUGACCUCGAUACUUCUUUCGACUCCUUCCCUGGAAACGAAGAGAGGGAUCCAGAAGCGUACAAGAAGGCUAUUGACGCAUUGAGUCCCGGCGAUGCCAUCACCAUCUUUACUCCAGACAGCACGCAUUACCCCAUCGCCCUGUACGCCAUCCAGCGCGGAAUCCACGUGCUCAUUACCAAGCCCGCCGUCAAGCUUCUCAAAGAACAUCUCCACCUCCUCGCGGAAAGCCGGAAACACAACGUCUUCGUAUACAUCGAACACCACAAACGCUUCGACCCGGCGUACGCAGACGCGCGGAAUCGAGCGGUGAAGGGCAGUCUGGGGGAAUUCAACUACUUCUACAGCUACAUGUCGCAGCCCAAGAGCCAGCUCGAGACCUUCAAAGCGUGGGCGGGCAAGGACAGCGAUAUCUCUUACUACCUGAACAGCCACCACAUCGAUGUCUGCGAGUCGAUGGUGCCGUCGUAUCGCCCCGUGAAAGUAACGGCCAGCGCCUCGACCGGUGUCGCCACGGAUCUGGGCUGUGCGCCAGAGACAGAAGACACCAUCACGCUCCUCGUGGACUGGGAGAAGAAGGACGGGUCCGGGCGAAGGGCAACAGGCGUGUACACCGCAUCCUGGACUGCGCCGCAGAAAGCAGGCGUGCACUCCAACCAGUACUUCCACUAUAUGGCUUCCAAAGGCGAAGUGCGCGUGAACCAGGCCAAGCGAGGGUACGAUGUAACCGAAGAUGAGGGCGGGCUGACGUGGUACAAUCCCUUCUACAUGAAGUACGCGCCGGACGAAGAGGGCAAUUUCGCCGGCCAGGGAGGGUAUGGAUAUGUGAGUUUCGAGAAGUUUGUGGAUGGGUGUCAGGCGUUGAAGGAGGGGAGGGCGACGCUGGACGUCUUGGAUGGAAGAGGGCUGCCGACGCUGGCGAACACGAUUGCUACGUGCGCCAUUCUUGAGGCGGGGCGAGUGAGUUUGGACGAGAAGAGGGCAGUGGAAGUUGUGCUGGCUAAUGGCGAGUGGAGUCUGAAGUAG